UUCCCUAUCGACCAACUGCUAGAACGCCAUAUAUCCUGGGUCAAAUCUCAGAGACAAGGAGGAAGAACAGCGUGCAAUAUCCUGCUGGGGGAUCGCCGAACUACAUCAAGCGGAUGUGAGGAAGGAUCGAAGCGAGCGAAACACCCAGUCUCUCUUGGCCCGCAGUUCAGCCCUUCGGAUAUCGCCCCCUCCGGUCCAUCAUGGCAAAAUCGCCUAGUCCCAUCUCCUUCAAGGAGCUACCUCUUGCCGACCUGCGAGCUCAAGCUACCCUCAACGUCGAAGCGAACCAGUUCUCGGCCCAGAGUUGGGUCAGCAACGCGAAGAAGUGUGCGGAGGAAGCUGCCGUAGCAGAACGGGAAGGUAGACAGGAGGAAGCGUUUGUCAAGUAUCUCAAAGCUUGCGGCUUCUUUGAGCUCUUCCUCUCGCAUCGGGAUUACCCGCAGGUCAAGGCGGACCGCGCAGCGAAUCCUCUAUGGCACGACUAUAUGUCGUUCUCUCAGAAUCGGUCUCAGUACCUAGCAAAGGCCAAGGCAAUAGCUGACGUCCUGAAGACGAGAGAUGUCGAGCAAAACCCUGCAAGACCUUCUUUACAGGUCGAGACCACGACUGCUACCCCUCAACAAGCCGAGGAACCGGAUGUCUCUGCAGGGGGCUCGAUCGCCGCAAGAAUGGCAGCUCUACGGGGAGCGGGUAUGCAGGUCCAGACGAGCCAUAAGCGUGUCAGCCGAGAUUUAGGAGGCUCAGCCAGUCCGGGAAUGACACCGGGUAGUGCAGGACUCAACACGGGCACUACUAUGGGCGGUAGUCGAAGUCCCGCAAUGGGCUCAGGAAAGGGGUCUAAUACGCCCGUGGAACAGCCGGGCAGUCGAAGAGGGUCCGUGGCAGGAAUCCAGCCUUAUUCUCCUCAGCCUCAACUCGAUCAAAACAAGACUGGGUCCUCGUUCACUUCGAUAAAGUCGAUGCAUCUGCCCUCCCGACUACAACCGACACCCAAUGAAUCGCAGCAACAAACGCACGAUAACGAUUCGUCCCGUCGAAGCCCUGCCGCGGAUGAAAAGGCAGGCAACGCCGUCUCACCUCGUUCCGCACCAAGAACCUUGCCGAGUGUCCCGACCGUGAGCUCACACCACCACAAAGCGUCGUUGCCGAACCUCCCCUCUUCGCAACCGACUUCGUCUUAUGCAACAUAUGGGCAUCUUUCGAACGGGACGGCUUCCGCCAAUCCGUCUCAAACCGUCACCCCGGUGAGAUCACGUCAAAAUACGGUCUCUUCAGCCGUACCAGAAGAAGAGGACCACAUGGCGCACUUUAGCUCGCAGUUCCCCUCGCUGGAUGAAUUCGAACACAAGCCCGAUUUCGCCAUGCCCGCGCUUUCCUCUGUGAAUGGAGGGGAACGACCAUGGUUGCCAAGACAGAAAAGUGGUAAUGGAAGAACGGUAGAUCGACCAGAUACCAUCACUGAAAGCCGGGAGGACGAAUCGGACGGCUUCAGGAUGCCUCGUCUACCUUCCCCACCCCGGAACAAGCCUGGUCUGUCAGAUACUGUCGGACUCAAUGGCAUGAACGGCUUGGGACCACCUGAUAUUCCUCAACGGCCUUCAAGUUUGCCGAUGCCGGACACCGACACGUUGAACGGGGGACAAACGUCGCCCGGUUUACCCGCCUUGAAACCUGCGAAUGCGAUGGGUCCCCCUCCACUAGCACCGAAACCUCAGUUCAAGACCAACGCUUCCGUGCCGACCAGCGAAAAGCCUGCCGUCAAGCCUUCGCUUCCGUUUACCAAUUCGAUUAUGCCAAGAACUGUAUCGGACUAUCUUGAUAACCCCGCUCUUAAGGUCCUGCUGAUUGACACGAGGUCAUUCAACGAGCAUCAAUCCGGUUGGAUCGGUCAAGAUAUGCAAUUACCGGAUGGGAGGUCGGUUGAUAGUGUCUGGGUCGAUCCAACAAUAUUGCAAAGACAAGGCCUCGACUCUGUCAAGCUGGAGAGCGCCUUGUCUCUUCAGCCCUCAGCCGAACAGCGAGCGUUUGAAAGACGAAAAGAUUACGAUCUGGUUGUGAUAUACGACUCCGCCUCCAAGGCGUUUCCGGCAAAAGGAGCGAAUGCAACCGCGCCGUCCACCCUCUUUUCAAUCAUCUUCGAGAAAGAGUUCAAAUCGUCAAAGACGCUAGCGAGGAGUCCGGUCUUGCUGGUUGGCGGUUUUGAAGCGUGGUCAGACGAGCUGCGAAAACGGGCACAGAAUGGUGUCGGUCCUGCCAACGGGUAUACACAGGCCUCGAAAGGCCCUCCGCCCGCAUUACCUGUCAAAAAGACGAGUCUGCCGCCGGCAGGUCUUUCGAGUCCGGGAUCUCCGGAUUUCGGACGUUCAUCACGUAGAGAAACUGGAGUCUAUCGCUCAUCUGCAUACUCUCGAGACAUCACAGAGAACUUUGCUGGAGCUUACCCGCAGUCAAUGGCGGGAUAUGGCGGUGGCGGCUAUAAUGGUCAACCUAUGAUACCGUCUUCUCUCCAAGCCGGACCCUCGAGACAGCCAUCCAGCUAUAACCGAGAACUAGAAGGCGGCCCCAAGCCUCCACCUCCUGUUUCGAGUAACAAUUCGCCCGGACCGUUGACGCGCCGCAGGAGCGACUAUAUAGAACACGCCACUCAGCCCUACUCCGGUUAUGUGGAUCGCUCUUCUCGCCAAAAUUCGAUCUCUUACCCAAACUUAGCCCAACCGCAGAUGCCGCCUCCGGCUGCUUCGUCAACAACGACUCGACAAGAGUCUAGGCCGCAAGCUCCGAGAUCCGAAUCGAUCAUAUCGUUUGACGGGCUUUCGAAACUCCCGGAUCAAGACGAUAUGUUGUAUUGGAGCGACGUAGGUCUUGGUAUUUCUGGCUUGAAGAACCUCGGCAACACGUGUUAUAUGAAUUCGACGUUGCAAUGUUUGAGCGCGACAUUCCCACUGGCGCGCUUCUUUCGGGAUGGCAGUUUCAAAAGAGCUAUCAACACGGUGAACCCAUUGGGCACGAAAGGAGAUCUCGCGAAAGCCUUCGCGACACUUGUGUCCAUGUUGUGGGCAGAGAGCUACACGUUCCUUUCGCCGGUCACCUUCAGAAAAUCGAUCAGCACGUUUGCACCAUCAUUUGCCGGUACAGAGCAGCAAGAUUCGCAAGAGUUCCUAAGUUUCUUGCUCGAUGGUCUGCACGAGGACCUGAACCGCAUAAAGAAUCGACCACCCCCAGUAGAGAUGACACCUGAACGGGAAGCGGCCCUGGAGACCUUACCACCAUCUGUGGCAGCAGAGAAGGAAUGGCGCAUCUACAAGCAGCGGAACGACAGCUUUGUGGUGGACUUGUUUCAGGGGCAAUACCGCAAUAGGCUCGAGUGUCUCACUUGCCACAAAACGUCGACCACUUACGACACGUUCAUGUACCUGUCACUACCCCUGCCGAGCCAAAAUUCAAAGAUCUCGGUUUAUGAGUUGAUUGACGACUUCACAAAACCGGAAAUCCUGGACGGCGACGACGCAUGGCACUGCCCGCGAUGCAAACAACCUCGAAGAGCUUCCAAGACGCUUAGUAUCGCUAGGCUCCCACCUGUGCUUCUGAUACAUUUCAAGCGAUUCAUUGCAAGGCGUGGCGGGUUGUUUUACGACAAGACGGAAACAUCGGUGAUCUUCCCGGCAACCAGGGAAAGCCCUCUGGACCUUACUAGGUGGAUGCCAGACGAUGCAAACCGUGGCGGACAUCCUGCUGAACCUCUGCAGAUGACGGGACCAUACAAGUAUGAACUGUUCGCCUUGAGCAAUCAUCAGGGCAACAUGAGUAACGGACAUUACACCGCUUUUGUGAAAUCGUCAAAAGGUGCCGGUGAGAAAAAUUGGAUGUACUGUGACGAUAGCAAAAUCACACAGCAUACUGUCAACGACGUAGUGGUGAGUGGACGAUCCGAAGACAAUCAACUCUUGAGGUACUGAUAGAUAGACAUCUAUGAUUAGGCUCGACCGGACAAGGCAUAUAUCUUGUUUUACAAACGGAUGCAGACUUAGGACAGUUCGCUCAGAUAAAGAGGUUUACAAAAUUGGUGUAUAAAGAGGCGUUGUAUAUCGGUAUCAUUCAUGCAAGUCCAUCUGAUUGUGAGCAAGUGCUACGACUCUGCGCUAUCGUGGUUCGUGUAUGAUAGCUGUGUGUUUGGUAGGGGGUGAUGUCACGGCAGAGUACGUCUCCAUAUGCCUUUGGUCUGGCUGGGCAUGUUUGGGCUCAAAGCGGU